AUGAAACUCCUCCACUCCCUCCUCUUCGCCGCUUCGUUCAUCCCCCUCGCGACGUGCGUGCCCGACGGUCUGGACAUCGAGUACCAAACCCCCGACAUCACCUGCACGCGCAAGACAGUCAAGGGCGACAAGAUCGACGUGCACUACCGUGGCACGCUGCAGUCAAGUGGCAAGGAGUUCGACUCUAGCUACGGGCGGGGAUCGCCUUUGGGGUUCGAGCUGGGGGCGGGAAGGGUUAUCAAGGGAUGGGACGAAGGCCUCCUCGACAUGUGCAUUGGGGAGAAGAGAAAGUUGACGAUCGCGCCGGAGUUGGGGUAUGGGGAUCGAGGCGUGGGGCCGAUCCCGGGGGGAAGCACGUUGGUGUUUGAGACCGAGUUGAUGGGCAUCAAGGGGGUCAAGAAGGAUGAGCUGUGA